GACUGUCGCCGCCUGCGGAACGCGAGCCACUUUUGUGUCGAAAGGAUCGUCUGCUAAAGUGCCGGCUCUCGGCGCCGUAUGCUCCUUUGUUACAGUGGUUCGUUGGCCUUACGUUGGCGGCGUUCGUUGCGCCAUCUCUUGUUUCCCGUGCGAAACGGCGCCGUGUUGUUUGAAGACCGGUGGCGUCGCUGCGUUUCCAUAGGAGCUAAGCAUUUUUCUUUCUUUACUUUUUCCUCAGCGUUUCAUGGCUACGAGCAGCGUAAUGGGAGACAGCGACCAGGCCCAAGUGGAGAUGACGUCUUUCAGGGUGGCUGAUUCCUCCGACAUCCUCGACUGGAGGCCCAUGCUGUUUCAAGAGCCCAUCAUUGCACGCAGAGCAUGUGUCCUGUGCGGCGUCGUGUACAAGAAAGCGGUCAGGCUGCCUUGCCUCCACUCGAUGUGCGUCAAGUGUCAUGCCCAGUGCGUCGAGCAAGGAAGCGCAUGUCCUGUCGAUCAGGAACCGUUCAGCGAUAAUGAUGUCGAACAGCUGGAGGCCUCUCUCAACUACAUAUUAAAGCGUAAAGUUGCGUGCUGGAAUGCACCUAGUGGCUGCAGCUUCAUGGGUCUUUCAUCCAGCCUCUUGGACCACUACAAGAAAUGCAACUUCAGCAUUGUGCCUUGCUGCCUGUGCCGCUCGUCGGUGCUGCGGAGUGACGUUCUGGAGCACUUCAAAAGUGGUUGCAGCAUUUCUCAAGUCACAUGGAAGCCUAUCAGCAAUUGUGCCACACUAGACCUCAAGGACAUAAAUACAGCAUUUUUAGACGUGAAGAGAGCAAUGGAAAAGAUAUCCGAGGACCUCAUGACAAUGCAGACCAGCCUGAGCCAAUGCAGUGAAGGCGUCAAAGCGGAGGGCGCAAGGUGCAAGGGCCAGUGGGAGGCUGACGCUUCUAAGCUUUCUGAACAGCUUAAAGACCCGAGUACAGACUGCACCACCGGGUUUACCGAAGAGCUUCAGGUUCUUCUUACAACAAUGACUGACUACAAAGAACACUUGAGCAAGGAGCUAGGUUUGCAGAGGGACGAAUUGAGUGUGAUCUCGGAUGCGGUGUCACAGUGCUUGCUAAGUCAAUGCAAGCCUAAGAGGGUCCAUUGGUAUAUUGAGGUCUGGGCAGACCUAAAGAGGCACGGAUCUGAAGGAGUGCGUAUGGAGAGUCCUCGGAGAAGCAUAUUUGAUUACGCUGUCUCCCUAGUUGUCACGCUCAAACCGCAGGACGGUGUGCUCAAAUUUGGGUGCUUCAUACAGAUAUGCCCCGGUGAUCAUGAUUCGCAGCUGGAGUGGCCCUUCCGGAAGGUGUUCACGCUUGGUGUCAUUCACCCCAUGGACCAAUCAAACGUGAUAUCAUCCAAGGAAAAUCCCAGUGACUGUGAAGUGGAAUUACAGGUUGCCUUCCUAAAGCCCAAAGGUGGAAAAAAUAAUGAGGGAUACGGACUGCCGACCCUAUCAACAGCAGAAAGGCUGGAAAAUGACGGGUUUGUUCAGGAUGAUACGCUGCAUGUGUUCUUAGAGAUUGAGCCAUAGUCUGCUCCGUAAUCUUCGAAAGAGUUCUAUUCAACAUUAAAUGAUUCUUCACUUGUAAGCCACUAAAUUCUUUUUUCAUUACUUCCCUGAGUAUGAUACAAAAACAGACUCAAGGCAGCUGUACUAAUUUUUUAGACAUAAUAUUUGUAUACAUAAUUUCCAAUCAAUUUAUCCGCUUUCCUCUCCUUGCCGAUAUGUUUGUGUGCUUGAAUAAACUUUUUUUAGUU